CCCAAACAGCGAAUACCUCAUAAUCCUCUCUGUCUCCUAUAUUCCUCUUGUACCAACAACUGGGUUUUUCUAUCUCUCUCCAUACCUCUAUCCCCCACCCAUUAUCACCCCCUGUAGUCAUGGUCGACACUAACACCAUUGACGCCUUUGUCACUCCCUACCUCCUGAGCGAGGGCUCCGAGGAGCUCAACGCUGCGCUGACCAGCAUGGCCAAGGGCUUCGCCGUUACCGACGACAAGAUCCGCGAGAUCAUCAAGGGCUUCCACGCCUCGAUGAAGGCCGGCCUUGUCCGCGACGACCCGAACGCGCUGCCGAUGAUCCCGACGUUCGAGAAGGGCACCUACCUCGCCCUCGACCUCGGCGGCACCAACCUGCGUGUCUGCCAGGUGACCCUGAACGGCGACACCACCUACAACCUGGUCCAGCAGAAGUUCACCAUCACGCAGGAGGCCAAGGCCGAGCGCCUGUGGGACUUUGUCGCCGAGUGCGUUGGCGGCUUUACCGUGCCCAACUCGGUCGGCCGCGACGUCGUCAACCUCACCCAGUCGGCCUUCCAGCGCCACCACAUCGCCGUUGAGGUUGUCGCCGUGCUGAACGACACUGUCGGAACCCUGAUGACCUCGGGCUACUCGCACCCCGACACCCAGAUGGGCAUCAUCUUCGGCACUGGUACCAAUGCCGCGUACUGGGAGGACCUGGAGAACAUUGGCAAGUGGGACGGCCCCGACCGCAAGGGCGAGAUGGUCGUCAACCUCGAGUGGGGAGCGUUCGACAACGCCACCGAGGUCCUGCCCUACACCAUGCAUGACAACAAGCUCAACCGCAAGUCGCCCAACCACGGCCUGCAGGUCUUUGAGAAGAUGAUUUCGGGCCUGUUCCUCGGUGAGGUCACCCGCAAUGCCCUGCUGUCGCUCGUCGACCAGCGCUUGCUGUUCGGCGGUCGCUCCUCGGACAUUGUCAACAAGUCGUACACCUUCGAUACCGCCUACAUGUCGGAGAUCGUUGCUGAUGAGUCUGCUGAGCUCGACACUGUCCGCACUGUUCUCGAGAGCACCCUGGACAUCCCUACCACCACUCUGCUCGACCGCAAGAUCGUCAAGAACGUCUGCGUCAUGAUCGGUACCCGCGGUGUCCGUCUGUCCGCCGCCGCCAUGUCUGCUGUGCUGCUGGCCCGCCCUGACAUGCUCAAGAACCCGAUCCACGUCGGUAUUGACGGCUCCAUGUACCAGUUCUACCCUAGCUUUGAGAAGGAUCUGUACGAUGUCUCUCGUGUCUUCCUGGGCGACGACUUUGUCGACAACAGGCUCAAGCUCAGCCUGGCCAAGGAUGGCUCCGGUGUCGGUGCUGCCAUCGUUGCCAUGACUGUCGACCGUGACCGUCAGUAAACAUCUAAUGUCUUUUCUUGGUAUUCUAAACUAUUUCUCUCCUCUCUGCAAGCCCUCUGCAUGAUACACAGAUAGCCCCUUUUUUUUUCGUGCGUGCUCAAAUUCCGGCUGGAGUCCGCACCUCAAAGCAGAAUCAAAUCGAUAGGCGUGCGGAGAGCUGUGCAUAAGAGAAUGCUCUACCAAAUAUCUUUUUAAUACCGACAGCCAAGACUCUCCACAUCCACCCGGAACCACCUGUCAAUGCAGAACAAAAAGGGGACUCCGAGAUGGACAACUCAUGCAUGCAUCGGGGACGCAUCCCUAUAUAUUAAGCACCCCACUCCACCUGCCUGCAAGUCACAUUGUCCAAAGCGCCAAUCAUGUGGUCCUCCAACAUAGAUAAGCA